UAACCCCGAUGUCCAUUCUUGUCCAGUAUUAUCUGCAGUACUACAAAAAUUCGCACCCCUGCACUGGCGAUCACUCAGCUAAGGGCCUUUCAGUUUGGCACCGACUGCCACCAUGGACGAGUCCGCGUUCAGCUCGGGAAGCAUGUACUCCAGCGGCGAGGAGGAACAGCUGGCCAACGAGGGCCUCCGGUUGAGCCGUUCCGUACGGUGGCGCGAACGCACCCGACACCACGUGACCUUCGAACCCGCCCUGAUGCUGUUUUGCUUCGCGAUCGCGCUGUCCGAGAUCCAGCUGAAUCAGCAGAUCAUCUACCAGACCUGCCGGGUGCAGGGCUACGAACGGAGCGACUGUCUGCUGGUCGGAACGGAAGACAGUCCGAGACCGGCUGUGCAGGAGAUCGAAGCGCAGGUCCAGCCGGCGGCGGCCAGUGUGGCCACGGUGAUUGUGGUUAUCAAGUCGGUGGUGCCGGCCGCGGGGGCUCUGAUGCUGGGCGCCUGGGCCGAUCGUUACGGGCGCAAGCCGGUCGUGCUGAUUGCGGGUUGCGGCCUCCUUCUCACCUACUUCGCCCUAACCAGCCUCAACUACCUGUCCUCGUUCGUUGAGGUCAACCCGUGGUACUAUGUCCUAGCUUAUGUCCCCUUUUCCAUCCCCGGCGGAAUGCCAAUUCUUGGAGCGACCAUCUUUGCCUUCAUCGCAGACAUCACCAACGACCAGAAUCGCACCAUCCGGAUGGGCUUUGUGACGGCUUCGAUCCUCACCGGUGUUAUGGCCGGAACCUACGCCAGCCGUUACGUCCUCGAGUGGACCAGCGUGACGGCGCUGUUUGUGAUGGCCACGUGCUGCAUCGUGGUGGGACUGGUCUACAUUGCUCUGUUCGUUGAGGACAGCAUCGUUCCAAGUACCGACAGCGAGCUGGGGUCCAGCUUGGCCAAUCUGUUUUCGACCGGGUUGGUUCGGGAGAUUGUGCAGUCGGGGCGCCGUAAGCGAUCCAGGUUCGUUUGGGUGAUCCUCUGGUUGGUUGUGGUUACCAGCGGACUAAUGGAACUGGCCGCGGGAAGUGGCCUCGUGGGGUACAAAUUCACCCACAGGAAGUUCGAGUGGGGAAGGCAUCAGUACGGUCACUUCCAGCUGGUUGACCAAUCGCUGGUGAUAUUGGCUAAUCUGGUGGGAAUCCCGAUGCUGAAGAAGAUUUUCGAUUGGCCCGACACGCUCCUGGCCCUCAUCUCCGUAUUCAGCUUCGUAAUUUGUUCCAUCUGGAAGGGAUUAUCCUCGGACGGAUGGCAGCUGUAUUUGGCCACCGGAAUGACUGGCCUAAAGGGAAUGGAGGCUGCUGCGUUACUCUCGGUGUGCUCGUACCUGCUGCCUUCCAGUGAGAUUGCCAAGUUCUUCGGAAUUGCGAUGGCAAUUGUUGGGCUGGUUCCGUUGGCAUCGGAAGCACUUUUUGUGAGCUUCUACGAAGCGACGAUGAUGGCCAACCCGGAGGCGUUUAAUUUUUUGACGGCUGGAAUUUACGGUGGAGCGUUGUUGCGGCGUUAUCCAGACAUCAGAUACGAACCAACCAUGGACAGUGAAGGAAGCAAAUCUUCCAGCAGCGUCAACUGCAACGAGCGUACGCCACUAGUUCAAACGACGGAAGAUGAAGGUACCGGGUUCAGUUCCAGCUCCGGUAGCAGCGUGUUCAAAAAAGUAAAGUGCGUGUUCAUUGAACCAGUAGCCGUGGUGUUGUGCUUCGGUUGGAGUAUUUCAGGUAUCGUGCUGGCAAAUCAAAUCAUCGUCCAAACGUGUCAAUAUCUCGGUUACAACAAAACCGAAUGCUCGCUGCUGGGGACGAAUGUCGCCAACAAAUCGGAAGAUCUGAUCGCCCUGGAAGCCCGCGUACAACCGACGGCGGCGCAGAUCUCGAUGGUGGCUAACAUUAUCAUCUCGGUGCUUCCGGCGCUGUGUGGGCUGCUGCUGGGGCCGUGGUCGGAUCGGUUCGGACGGAAACCGGUGAUGGUUAUACCGUGUGUGGGCUACAUCCUCACUUACCUCGCCAAGGCCGCCAUAUGCUGGCAAUCGGCGAUCACCCCGCUCAAUCCGUGGCUGUACGCGGUGGCCUACCUGCCGGCGGCCCUGACCGGUGGCACCAGCGUCGUCUGCGCCGGUCUGUUCAGCUUCCUGACGGACGUGACCACCGAGCACGACCGAACGGUUCGGAUGGGCAUCCUGCAGGCUUGCACGCUGGCGGGGGCAUUCGUUGGGAUGAUGUCCAGCAGUUUUAUUUUGGAGAUGACCAGCUCGGUGGCUGUGUUUGUGCUUUCUGCUUUGGCCAUGGCUUUUGGGGCGGUUUAUGUGCUGGUGUUUAUUGAGGACAGUGUGACGCCGAGGGUUGGGGAUGUCCGGUUUGGCGGUUGUGGCAAGUUGAGGGAGAUCUUCCGGUUGGAUUUGCUGAGAGACAUGUUCAAUACGUUUUUCAAGGCUCGAUCUGGGUAUGAUAGGGGGAUCAUCUGGUUGACGGUUUGCAUCGGGGCGUUUACGGUGCUUGGAUCCGGUGGGGGUAACGUGUUUUAUCUGUUUACUCGACGAAAGUUCGAUUGGACGCUGGAGGACUUUACCUUGUGGCAAUCGGCGGACUUGAUGGCGAUCAUCGUGGGGAACUUUCUUGGGAUUGCCAUCCUGAAGAAGAUCUUCAAAGUUCCGGAUAUUGCAAUUGCAUUUCUGUCGAUUCUCUGCUUUGUGAGUGACUCCUUCAUCAAGGGACUGGCCAGUCACGGAUGGCAACUGUACCUGGCCACCGGGAGUACCCCGCUCAAGGGUACCGAAGGGGUGGCGUUGAUGUCGAUUUCUUCCAGCAUUCUGCCGUCACACGAUAUCGCCAAGAUUUACUCGAUGGCCAUGUCCAUCACGGCCAUUGUGCCGCUGGCUGGGGCUCCGCUGUUUACCUAUAUUUACAGCCGAACUCUGGAGAACGCGCCGGAACUGUUCAACUUUGUUGCGUCCGGCAUUUACUCGGUGAAUUUGCUGUUUGUUGGCAUCAUUCACAUCCUCCUCAAAGGACGGCAGCGCCACCACCGACUAUACAACGAAUCUUCAAUAUCUUCGGAAGAGGACGAUCCCGUAGCCUAACCUAGCCAGUGAGAGUGCUCCUUAAAGACGAAAGGAAAUGUGAUAUUCAGUGCUUAGUACAACGUCUUGGUGCUAAUGAUUGGUGUAAAUUUUUAUUUUUAUAGGAAAUAAACUGUGAUGUUCGGAUCAUUAAAUUUACGCGUGGUUUUAUUAGAUUUUUUUUUUUCAUUUCUUUUUAUGUAUAGAUUUUAUUUUCCUUUUUGUAUUGUUUCACUUACACUUAAAUACAUUUGACAUUACCAUUUUAAUCUGCUGUUCUUCCGUUUUACCUUUCCAUUGUGUUAAUAGUGUUUUUCGAGAUGUUUCUUCUCUUUUGUUUUUGUUUUUUUCUUCUUCUUUAAUAUAUAUCAUUUUAAUAGUGUGUGUGUUGUUUUGUUUUUUUUUGUUCGCAUUAGUUGCUUUUCUAAAGAUUUUUUUUUUUGUCAUCAUUUGUUGAUCAUCUGUUACAAUCUAAGUAUAAUAUUUAUUGUUUUUUUUACUCAUUUUCAAGUAUUUCUGCUCAGCUUCCGUCAUUCAUGACGCGCUGAAGCUGCCUCCGCGUCGUCUCAUCGUCUUCUUAAAAUUACAGCCUUUUUCAUGUGAAUUCAUGUGUGUAAGUCUGUGUGUGUGUGAGUUUGUUUGCCAAUGCUGUUUUGUGACGCCCAUUUUCAAAACUGUUUUGUUUCUGUUUUGCGAGAAUGUGAUUGGAAACACAACUUAGAGUGAGUGUGGGGAUUGUUUUGGCUGUUUUGUCAAGUUUUUUUUUUGCUCAACUUCUUUGUUUGCUCAGUUUAUUUCAAGGGAGGGUUGAGGUAAUGAGUUAAACUAUAAAUAAUGUUUUUUAAUGUUUUGUUGCAUAAACCUUUUUUUAUGUUUCCAAAGAAAAUCAAGGACGAUUUAAGCUGCUCUUUCUGCGUUAAAAUAAUCUGGUUAGAGUACUUUUGGUUACGCAGUGCUUCUAACACUUGCGCUCGCUAAUAAUUGCAGUAUGUGCUUGAUGAUAUUUGCUGUAGGCUAAAAUUGUGUGUUCUUUUGCAUGGUUUGUUUUCUCUCGUUUUGAAUAAAUAAGAAUGCACAUUUUUGAUUAUUUUUUUUUUUUAUUUUACGGCAUAAGUUUGUUGUUUUCCUUUGUUUUCUCAUUGAGAGUUAGUAAAAGUGUGAUUUUGGAUCUGUAGUAGUGUUUGUGUUAUUUCUUUUCUGGUUUUCUGGUUAAAAGUAGAGCUAAAAGAGACCACCGUGUGUGUGUUACGCUGCAGUACUAGAGUUUUUAAAGUUGUAGUAGUAGACUUACCGUACUACACUUUCUUCUUCUUCUUUUUUUGUUUUGUUUUCAUUUGUGGUUGUAGUAGUAGUCAUAAGUAUAUUGCAAAAGGCUGUGCCUGUGUUGAUUUUUUGUUUACUUCUGCUGUCUCUAAAAUUUUUCAAACUUGAAAGAAGAGCUAACGACGACGAGGUUUGUUAGACCGUGCGUGUUUUGUUGUUUUGUUUUUUUCUGUUGUUAUGUUUAAGUUUAGUUGUUUUGUUUGUUUGUUUGUUUGCUUGGGAUAAAGUAGAGGGUUAAAAUCUAACUGGUAGUAGGCUUGCUUUGAUUUACUUUGUAGCAACUAAGAUAGUUUGUUGAUAGCGUGUGAAUUUGAUUUGAUUUUUUUUCUCUGCAUUCCUUCGUCAGGUUCAACUUUAGAUUCGCAGAUAAUUGAAAUGGAUUAAUUGCUCGAAGAUUUCACUUAUAGUUUCCAAGUAUUGAUUGCUAUGAUAGGAGAGUGUGACUCAUUUUAUUUAUUUUUUGUUUGUUUUGAUUAAUUGAUAUUGUGAAUAAUUGCUUUUUUGCGUUUUAAUUGGAUUCAUACUUUUUAAUUAUUAUGCCUUUACUCCUUGUCAAAAUGUGUUCACCUUCUCAUACAACGUGGGCUUUUUGUUUUUGCUAGCGUGAUUGACACAGUUGAUUUUUCUUCUUCGUUUACGAAUUGAUGUGAAAUUGACAGAUUUUCGUUUAUUGAUUUUUGAAGAGACGAAAAAGCUUCGUUUAAUUGAUGGUGGUGAGAAAGCUUUGCUCUUGGCAAAAUGCAAUUAAGGAACUUAGGAAAGAAUCAGGUUUUGAGAAACAAUUGGUAAAAGUUUGGAAUUUGUUAUGUUUUGAUGAGAGACGCCAAAAAAUGUUCAAGACAUUUUUGAUGCUUUGUUUUGAAAAUUUUUAAGACGGGAUUUAUUUAUUGUUAUUUUUUAACCGUUGUAAUGUGAGUUUCUUUUACUAUAAUAAUUUUAUAGCGCUCAGUUUGAUUUCUUUUGUAUUUCUUGUUAUUCAUUUGCUUUUGCUACGAUGAAGUAUUUCUUGAUUUUACUUGUUUUGCUAAUCAUGGUUUAUAUGGGGCUAUAAAGAUUUCUUUGAAAUAAAAUAUUCCACCGCUUAGGAUCAUUUUACUAGAUCUGCUUUCGUCUUAAUAUAUAUUUUUGUGUAUAUAUACCAGUUUUAGAUUUGUUUUUUACAGUACAAUAGUAUAUAUAAUUUAAUUCUAUCACAUUAUUUUUCAUAUAUAAAAUUUAUAGCUUAAUUUAUGUAAAAGAUAUAAGUGGAAAUAUUUUCAAGUGUGGAUAGUGUAACCUAACAGAUGAAAUAAUUUGAAAAUCAUGGUACUGAAAAUUACAUACCUCUUGGUUGUGUCAAAAAAUUGAUGAUAGAGAAAAUAAACAAAAAAACCAAUGAAAAUUCACAUGAGUUAUCCCAACUAUAAGCGUUUGACAGAUUAUACUGCAUAGUGUUAUUAAGUAAACACUGCUCUAAAAAAUGUCAAACCCCCUGCAAAAAAAAACAAACAUUUGUAAUUUCGAAGUCUGACUCAAGAAAUCAGGCAACGACUCAGAUUUGGGAGAAUUGCGCUCAUUUUUUUGUUGAUUUCUGAGUGAAAGUUACCAAAAUCUGACAGGCGCCUCAUUUACUCAUUUUAGAGUAGGUUCGAUUGUUUGGCAUGCAUAAACUGUCAAACGCGUCUGGCUGUCGCACGAAGUGAUUUGUUUUUAUUUCUUCGACUCCCCUAGCAAACGUCAAAUCAACUCAAAGUUGCUUGCAGAUCUUUUCUAGAAAUAGAAAAAGUUCGAGUGGCAGCAGUUUGCUUCGAUUUGACGUUUGCUGGGGCAGUCGAACUGUUUGGUUAUGUUACUUCUCGAAAAAGGUAAUUAAAACAGUCAAAAUAUCAAUGAGACAGUGACAGAAUGUGUUAAAAUGAUAGAUAGUGAAAAUUUCGGAAAUUGCUAGCAAAUUUGGGUCGAGAUGAUCGACUCAUCACUCGCUGCCAUAAAUAUAUCGCCGCGCUCGUGAGUGUAUAAAUAAUCUAUUUUUGUUAUUUGUUUUUCUUUUUUCUUAGCUUUAUCGGAUUUUUUUUCUCUAUUGUUUAUUUUUUUUAUUGGUUUACAGACUAAUAUGUAUAGUAUAUUUUAGUUGUAUUUUCAUGUGUAUGUGUAUUAUUUCAUGUGUAUUUUUUAUCUCAUGUUUUUUUCAUGUAUAUUUUUUUCUUCUUUUUGACACAACCAUAUGUACUUUUUUUUAUUCUUUUUUUUUUGAAAAUUUUCACCUUAUUUUACACAAUCUGUCAGCUUCUGCCCUUCAAUGUCUGACGCAUGUUUUUUUUCUGUUCGCCUAAAGGUGUCAGUUGAUGAAUUGAUUUCUCGUAAGGUAAUCAUAACAAGGUGUUUGCGAUUGCGAUUGAUUUGUUUUAUUUCUGCACAUCGCGAGAAGAUUUACGCCAUUUGCUUCGAGGAAGUAAAUAGGGUUUUUUUUCUGUCAAUUUUAAGUUGUUCUGACGCUGGAAAAAUUUAGCACGCGUUCGCGCAUUUAUGGUAUUCACUGAUUUGUAUUGCUUUUAGGAUAAAAUAAUUUCGUUUCUUCAUUAUUGUUCUUAGGUUGAUUUUCCGCUUUGCAUGAAAAUGAUAAUAAAUUAGGGGUUUCAGGAUUAAAAUAAUCUAACGGCAGAUUUCGUCACAGUCAUGCUCUCUUGACGUUUGCGAUUUUUUUUUGAAAUUGUUUAGUGGUAAUAAAAUGGUAUAAUAAUCUCAAAAUUAAUUCAGGUGACACUUUUUUAAAAUGUCACUUUUGUUGUUGUUGAAGGCAGGCAAUCCAGCACUAUUACAUGACAAAUGUCACAGAAAGCACGCCAAAGACGAUUUAAAAAAAAGUGAAAGCCAAGGAUCCUGAUUGUUCAAAGUUCUGCUUUUCGUUUGCGAAAACAAAUUGGUCAUUUGACAUUUUUCUGCGAAUGAUUUCGUUGGUUCCCUCGCACACAAAGGAAUGAGCGCAUGCAUUCAAAUGAUUGCUGUCACCACGCAACACUGCACGAGCAAAAAAGAGAGAAAACAUGAGAGAAAGAACACGUAGCUUUUGGGUCAGCCGGCAACUUGAGUGUUGAGCUUGGUUUUCGUUCGUUUCAACUACGUGUGCGUUCACUGACGGUCGCUCCAUAAUGACGAUCAUGACGGGCGCUUUGAUGAAUGCUGACUGAAAGCACAUUCAAAUUUCGUGCAAUCGCUGUCACAGACCGUUCUCUUUGAUUUUCACUCUUCUGCUCCAUCUCUUUCUCUCUCAAUCACUCUCUCGCUCUCGCUCUCUCUCUCUCUUUGAUCGUAUGUGACCGGCUCAGACAGAGCCGAUCGCUCCGCUUGACUGCUUGCGAAUCGUGGUAGUUCACGAUUGAUUGCGGCAUGACGAUUCAAGUGAUUUACUCGACGACAAGCGAGUGACUUGCAGUAAUUGAACCGCGCAAUCAGGAUCCUUUAUUAAAACAGUUAAAGGCUUAUUUCGUUCAACUUGAAAGCUGGCUAUUUGUUUUUUCAAAGUAAAUUGAACUAUUUAAUAAAUUAGAAUAAAUAAAUAAAUAAUAAGUAAACAAAAUUAAAGGUUAUAAUGAGCCAGCUUCACGCCUAACCUGAACUCAUCCAGCAGUAGUUACAGCUCAACAAAAUCGAAGCACGUAGCUAUCACCUUUUGCUUUUUUCCUUUACAAAGUUAAGUUUUGCUAAGUGGUUUUUAUUGAUUUAAAAUUGUCCUAAUCGUCGCCUAGAAGCGGUUCAACAUGCUCAUUCGCCGAUCUCAUCGUGUUCUUAACAGUUAUUUUGGCAAGAGAAUCUUUUCCGUGUAAGUAUCCUUUUUUUAACGCACACUUUCGCUACCCUCAAAAAUUAAGUCUUGUAAUAAAAACCAUUUCCAAUACGUGUAGUCUUGCUCGUUCACUCGGUAAACCUUUCCGCUGUUUGUUUUUUUUUUAAUUCACUCGAAACGCUUCUAAAAGAUCAAAUAACGAUGUUUUGUUUUAACUUUGCGAUAUUUUUUCCGUGUCAAAAAACUGCUGAAAUUCGCUGGAGCUUCGCGAAAGAAAAUUAGCGCCGUUCGUUCUUUCGGUUUUCGCGCCUUUCAAAAAUGCUCAUCUAAAAAUGUGAUUUUAUCGUGCUUUUGCAUGGCAAAAUUUCGUUUGCUUUUUUUCACUUCAUUCAAUUAUUGUCCGCAUCAAUAGGAGAGGAAUGUUUGCUGGCUUGGAAUUGGGAUUCGUUUUUUCGAUUGAUUUUUUUUUGUUGUUACAGGCAAAGGUUUCGGCACCCUAAGGAAAGUUGGGAAAAAUUUAGGUUUCUAAAUCGCGCCUGAAACAUUCCUCUUUUAUCUAGCAUAAGUUGAUUUUCGCUGUUCUAUUCGGGAAAACACAAAUUUAAACAAAAAGAGCUCCGUGCCUUCCUUGUAUUCUAGAACCGCUUCAAAAGAAAAGUUUGAAGAAAUAGUAAAUAUCGCAAAGAAACGCCCCCAAACAUCUCUCGUUGACGUAACUCGGUAAAAACAACAGAACACUACCACCUUUCCACGAUCUAGUACUGCACUUUUGACAACCAAAACAAUUUGGCCACGCGCUCGCUCGUUUUUUUGCCGUCCUCUCAGCGUGGCAAAUUUCCAAAAAAACAAUAACACUAUAAAACCAAUGUUGAACAACGAAUCGAUAUACGAAGGUUUUUUGGAAGACAUUCGAUAUUACAACAAGUUAUUUUUUUGUUUGUUUUUACUUUGUCUUUGGGCGAGCUUCGGAUUUGGAGGCGUUUCUUGGGACAUCAGCAACUAGUACUACUGCGGUACUAGAAUCAAGGAGUAGAAUAGGCAAAGUUCGUUGGUAAAUAAAAAUCGCUAGCAAAUUGUUCCGAGUCCACACUCAACGAUCGUUCUUUGCCAGUGCUGUCUUCCUCCUGUUUCGGUUUGAAUGUUUGCUGUUGUCGAGAUUUCAUUGCGUUCACGCUUUGCUUUUACGGUAAAAAACCAAACGUUUUCGUUUCAAUGUAAAUGUAUAAUUUUCUUACUUGAUUAAUAUAUUCUAAAAAUAUCACCGACUUGUUUUAGUAGAAUUUAUUAUUUUCCUUUUCUUUCUGGUUUUUUCUUCUUUAAUUUUAUACGUGACAAUGUGUGUAUAUAUUUCAUUUGUUUGCCUUUUGUCUUAUAAUUGUCUAUGUAUAAAUUAAUAUCCAAUCUAGUUGUCAUAGGUUUAUGCAUGUCCUGCGUCUCCUCUCGUGCUACCUAUGUACGCGCGUGUGUCAGCGCUUGCUUUGUUCUUCCGUUAAAAAUAUCAUUCCUAUUUAUGUUUCCUUUCCAUUUUCACUACAUUUAAUAUUUUUUUUUUUUAUUUUCAGGCCAGAUUUUUGGCUCAAUCUUCUUUUUGUUCUAAAUAAUGGGAUAAAUGUCAAUAGGUUCUUAUUUUUUUCUUCUGUUCUCUUGUAUAGUGUAUAUAAUGAUCAUACAUGUUUAGUUUAUGUUUAUUCUUUUUAUCCUUACUUUUUGUUUGCUCACUUACUCUUUUAUAUAUAUUUUUAUUGCUUACGUGUUAUGUAUAAAUAAAUUACAUUCUCAUUUCGUCAGUUAUGUCACUACAUGUUUUUCUGCUUAUAUUCGCAAUUGUUACUCCUCCUUCGUUUAAAUACAUAAAUUUAUAUCUCAAUAGAGAUAAUAUUUUUUUUACUUCAUUCAUUACGCUAGGAUUUUCCGUUUUUAAUCUUCCUCCGUCAUUGUAUGUUUAUUUGUUUACCAAUAGUACUACAAUUUUUUUGUUAAAAGAGAUUCUCCGCCCAUUCUCUAUGCCCGCUUGCCAACCUUAACGCGCCUACACACGCAGAGUUGUUCAGAGAGUUAAAAGAAUUUCACCUUUGCUUUCUUCUGUGACACUCUGUUUACGUUCAAUUGUGUGAGUAGGUUUGUUUGUGUGUUUGUAUUUUUGUGAGAGUAAUUCUACGAGCGAGCGUCGCCGACAGAUAGCAGAGUGUGUGAGUGAAGGAGCGAAUCGUUUCAUUUGUCCAUCUGUGUGUGUGUGUUAUAGUUGUUUUCCUUAUUAAAGCACUACCAAGUUUGUGUUAGUGUGAACGUGUCGUGUCGUGUCAGUGUGUUUGUGUAGAAGUCGAUACGGUCUCUCAAAUUAAGCAGCAUUCGAUAACAAUGUUUCCGUUCCGUAAUGGAACCUCUAUGGUUUCAUGCUGUGUUCGUUUGUGUUGGGAAUCGUCAUUAAAAUGGUUUAUUUUAGCUUUUGUUAAAUAUUUCACUAUUUGGUUGCAUUUGUUAUUUUUACUGUUGUGUUUCAAUGUUUGCUCUACUAGGAGUAAGAGAUAUUUAAGUACUCGUUUUGAUUUCCUUUCAGCUGUCCACGUGCAUGUAUUAGUGAGUUCGUUUUGGGUUUACUUUUGCGCGCUGCUCUCUACGCUCUCUCCCGAGAGCUAAAAUCUACGAGUAUUAUCACCGAAUCUUUCGCCACUCUACCUUGCGUGAAAUGCCAAAAAGUGAGCCAUGCAUGAUUCUAAUGCAUUCAGUUUUUUUUUGUUUCGAUGUUUCGAUUUAGAAUGGAGAGCAAACCGCUGCGAAGCGAGAGGGCGUGACCAAUCUAGUACUUCUCAUUGACGAGCCACGCCCCCCUAUUUGCUCAGCGGUUUUUUUUUGCGAUUUCGAUUCUCAGAGAAGCACAACAACGGAUUAAAGCACAACAAUAGAGAGAAAGAUAGGAAAGUUUCAAGGGGGGCCGGAGGGGGAAUCCUCGUUGUUUUGGCAAUAACGGUAAUAGAAUAUCACAAGAAUCACUCGAAACAGUGACAGAACAAAACUGAUCCGAUCUACGCGCGUAGUACUGAGAGCGGAUCGUGCACCAUUUGAUUUUUUUCUGUGUUUUGUUUUUGUUGUUUGUGUGUGUGUGUGUAUUUUUGUGUGUGAGUUUGUCGCUUCGACAGACAGUUGUGGGGGAGGUAACGGAAGGGUGUUUUGGUGUGGCCAAUUAUACAUUCACUGUUAUUGAUAACAAGUUUUUUCUUCUUCUAAUUUUUUUCACUUUUAAUAAUCUUGUGUCUUCGUUUCGUUUUGUUUUCAAUUUGUUUUCUUUUUUUUUCUUCUGAGGGAGGUGUAAUCUUCAUCGAUAACAAUAACAAUAAAUUUCAUAUCAAAACAUUUCGACUUGAUCUCUGUUUGUUUUUGUUUUUGCUUAAACUGCUGCUGCAAGACUGCUCUGUGCUUCAUGCUUGUAUUGAAACCUUCGAUUUUUUUAUGCUUCUGUUUUUAAAAUGCGUGCACGUCUACGUAGUGUGGUUGUGUUGGUGAGUCGUCAUGUCGUGGUGCGCUUUGAAUGUUCAUGUGUUAGUGUCGGUUGUGUAUUGUUUUUGUUUCUACUUUUACCUUAAGUUUUCACGAUUCGCUUGUUUUAUCUUCAUUUUUCAUCUUUUGCACGAUCACUUUUUUGUGUUAAUAAGUACCUUUUGUUUUGUUUGUUAUAUAUUAUAUAUGAGUGUGUACGUGUAUUUAGUUUAGUUAUUAAGCUACAUAAAUUAUUGUUUUAUUAGAUCAUUUUUGCGUGGACUUUUACUGUGUUCCACGAUGACUUUCGAGUCACUUGUACGGGCUAGUAUUAUUUGCAAGUAUUUUACAGGUUUGUCAUUCCGAUUUUCGUCCUUGGAAUAAAUGAAUGAGGAUAAAUUGAGCAACAUUUUGCAGGUUUUUUUCUUUCACACACGCUCCUCAUUCAAAUGUUGCCGCUCAUGAGUGUGUCAUUGUUCUACUUAACCGAGUCUAGCCAGGUGUGCAUGUAAGUGUGAGGUCCAGUUCAACUAAAAAUACUGGCUCACACAAACACCAUCUGGGGGGAACAAACAAAAAACAUGGCGCCGAAACCUUUGGAAAUUAGUUUAACAAAAAAAAAGUUGGAGGACUAACAAUACGAAAGAAAAUGCUCACUUUCAGUUAUAGGCCUCCUAGUGGCUACAACUAUUUAACAAUGUAUGUUCGUUCUUUCGGCCAAAACUUAAUAGCUACUCUUAAGCUUGGCUCCCUCCUGACUGACUAAAAUAUUUGUGUGAGGAAGGAGCCUUCGCUGUCGCUGCUGUUGCUAUCAUCUGCACAAGAUUCUACGUUUUCAACAAGAGAAAAAAAAACAAAUUAAGAAAAAAAAGUUAUAAGCACGAAUAACAACAAAAAAAAGUCAACAACCAAAAAAUAUCUAAAUGGCAAAUUAAAGGAACUGCGUCUGACAAGUUAUCGCCAAUCUCCCGCGGCUGCCUCUUUCACCUUAACAAUUUUGUUGUUGUGUUUGUAGUGAGAUUUAUUUUACAUGGAUUCAACAACGUUUUAACUUUUCCUCUUCAUCGGGGCAGCACCCGAGGUGACAUCGAAAAAAGCCGAAACUAAAGAAUAAUCAUCGUUACUAGUCAACUUUGUUCUUCUUCUACGAUUGCUAUUUUGAGUACGCGCUGCACUACUACACUCGAAAACGAUGGAAGUGUUGGCGAACGUCAUCAUUCUGGUACUGCAGACAACUCCUCUGGUUGUCAAUCUUCAAGGGGUCAUCGAGCAAGGGAAGCAUCAGUUUACAGAAAGUGCCCCUCUUCAAAGCUCCGUUUUGCAAACUCUCUUCAAAGCUUUGUUUUGCAAAGAGAAAUGUCUAUGCAAGCCACGAGAAAAAGAAAAUGUUGCUAAAGCAAAUGAAAUCCACGAGACCAUCGAGGGAGGCAUUUAUCGAGCUAGAAAGGAUAUCGAGAUAAGAAGGGUAUCGAAGUAUGCGACUUCAAGAAACUGAAGGAAUACAGGAAGAAUGAACUCGACAAUUUUCGCACACGUGGUUGACUUUUGACAGCUUGAUCCACUAUUUGAACUGUUUGUUUACAUUUGGUUCUUCGAUUAACACAGUUUUCUGAUGUUCAGUUUGUUUAAAAAAUGUUGAAAUUCGAAUCCUAAUCCAUUAACUCACAUUUCACUGCUUGCAAAAGGCAUCGUUUCGCAAAGAAUUUGCGGAAAACAUUGUCGAACGGCCGAGGCACGUUCGCCGAGCUCAGCAAUCAAUCAUGACGAAUUACACCGUCGUCAACAGAUGGAUAACCGAUGAUUCGUUUGGAUCGAAAAACACAGGUGCUUUCGUUUCCUUCUUUGACAGCCAAAGCACGCUAAAGUGAGCGGUUUAUCUCACUCAGGAUUGAUUGCUCAUAUUAUUUUGUUUUGACAAAUUCAGAUAGGUUUUGCUCAAUAAAAUCUAUGAAGACUUUAUAGUGUAAUUACACCAGCACAAUUUCAAAUUAUGUCUUCUCUAAAUUUCAAAUUAAUCUUUGUCAACAAUUUCAUAAGAAUUUCAUUUAGAAUUGACUGCAAGAGAAUUUUACAACAGAACUUGCAGCUAAUCUCUCUCCUUCUCUUUCUUUUUUAAAAAUUAUAAAUCUGUAGAAUAAUAGUUUUUUUACAGAGCUAACUGUUCGCUAACCCGAAUGUUCACUAAUUCAAACGUAUUCAUACGUCAACACCAGUAUUGAAACUGAUGUUGACAUUUCAAACACAUUGAUCGAAGAUUUUAGAGUACUUAGUUUCAAGCUUUUGACAGCUGUCAGUUGCUACAAUUAGCGAAUUUGGAUCCGCUAUUUCGAAUAAUUUUAAAUUCGAAUUAGCAAAUCCGUUUUGUUCGAUUAAGAGAAGAAUUUUGAUCUCACCAACACAUUAGUUGGCAAAACGUCAGAUGCUCGAAUGUGCCUUCAUUUUGACAGACAUUCAAUGUGUGUUAAAAUUACCAAACCAGAACUUACCCAAAUAAAACUCACAAAAAUCGAGCAAAACAAUGUUAAUGGGCUGAAAACGAAGUGUACACAAAAAAAACAUCCUGCUCACGUCACUUGAAGAUUAGCGUAUAGACGCCCUUGUUUCCAUUGCUUUUAGCAGUACAAAAUUCAAUCUAACUUUUUUGUGAAUCUGAGUUUAAAAAAUUGAUAAAAAAACCCUCCAAGUGACGUUCCCCUCGCCUUCCACUAAAGUUUUCGACCAACCACUUUAAGCUUCCAUUUCGAGUGAGUAGUUCCAGCAGCAGAGUAUUUCCUUCUUUCGCUUACUUUACAGAGUUGUUGUCUUUUUGUUUAAAACGUCAAAGUCCACGGAAAAUGAAGACAGUGUGUGAUGUUUGUGGAUGUGUUUGUGUAUUAUAGCUUCUUCUUCGUUUUAUCUAGCAAGUGUGUGUGUGAGUGAGUGUUUGCAAUUAUGCCCUUACUAGUGUUUUUUUUACUUCGUGAUGAUUUCUCUGUUCUCAUAUGGAUUUUGUGUUCUCCUGCACUACUACUCUGUGUACGCUUGUAUAUAUAUUCUAUGUAUAAGUAUAUAGAUUUUUGCUUGUUUUUUUUGUUUGUGUUUGCAUUAUAAAUAUUUGCGUAUUUCUUACUCAUAUACCGUAGCGGGGUCUCCCAAGGGAUUCCGCUCAAGAGUGACUGUUUGCUAGCUUUGUCUCCGUCCUUCUCACUUACACCUAGGAUUUUUUGUUUACGCUAGCGGUUGUAUUCAUGACCGAUUUUAUUCUUCUUCUAGUUUAUAAUAAGUUAAUAUAAUCAUAAUAAUGAUAAUAUCCUUCAACAAUGGUUGCGUUCUUUACUUUAAAAAGUAAAAAGAGUCAAAAUUUUUUUUUGUUUUGCGCACGCGAGAGAAGGUGCCUCUCUCCCCUCGGUUUCGUUUGUUGUUGUGAUGUUUCCGCCCCGUUUUGACAUCCGGAGAGUUGUCUUUCUAUCUUCCCUGUCAGCAGCAGGCCCGCCAAAAUGGCUCAACGUUACACAUGACAUCCUAAUAAAAUAAAAGAAUAGUAGAACAGAAAACAAAAAAGGCGACGCGGGAUGUUCUUUUAUUUCGAAUUUGCUUCCGCUUGGCAAAAAACUAAGAUUUUUUUUGUUGUUUCAGUCUCUCGCGUCCACAUCAGUCGUCGGCCGCCAGGGGCGCUCCCGUUUAAUUGUUUGCUCAUUUGCUGCUCCAACGUGUGUGAGUCUGUGUAUCGUGUGCCAAAUGGUUAUUUUUAGUGCUUUGCAUCGCAUCUUUGCACAACAAUCUAGGUUGAGGGAGCAGGAUGGACUUGAAUGUCUGGUCUAGUUUUUUUCCUUGUUUUAGAAUUACAGGCUACUUUGCUUGGAAUUAAUUUGAAGUGUGG